AUGUUUGGUAUGGGUUUAAGUUAUGGAAUGUUAAUUGAUGCUUCAAUGACAUUAGCUUCAGAGACUGUUGGUUCUAAAUAUAGAUUAGUACAAAUGUUAGCAUUUCAAUGGUCAUUAGCAUUACAAAUAUCAUCUAUAAUAGCAUAUUUAACUGCAAUACCAUUAUUUAUUUUACUCCUUUUUUGGGAAGAAUCUCCACGUUGGCUUAUACAACGUAGACGUUUUAAAGAAGGUUGUAAAUCAAUUAAUAAAAUUAAUAAAUGGAAUAAUUGUAAUAUUCAAUUUACGGUAAAUGAUUUAAUUGGAAUUAAAACACAAAGUGAAGAAGAUAAAUCAAAAACAUUUUUUAUACAUCAUCUUGUAUCAAGUUUAAAAUUAGCCAAAUAUACUUUAGUACUUUUUUUAUCAGCAUUAACAGUAGAAUUAUGUAUAGCUGUUUUUAUAUUUGAUGUUCAAAUACUUGAUGGAAAUCCUUUUAUUAAUAUUGGAUUAUAUGGUUUAUUACGUGUAUGGGUUCCUUUUUUUAUAAUAAUAUUUGAAAAAACUUCAUUCUUUGGUAGAAGAGGUUUAUUUUUAGGGUCACAAAGUUUUUCAAUAAUAUGUUAUUCAGUUGUCUUUAUUUUAACAUAUUUUACAAUGCCAAAAUAUAUCAUAUCAUUACCAGCUAUCAAAACCAUUUUUGCACUUUUAGGUGGAAUAGUUAAUUCAUCAAUUUUUUUUACUAUUUAUAAACAAUAUACUAUGGAAUUAUAUCCAACAUUACUUCGUGCUAUAGCUGUUGGAACAUUUGGAUUGGUAGAAAGAAUUGGUGGUGGAAUAGGACCACAAUUAAUAAUACUUAAUAAUAUUAUAGGAAAAGGAUCAGCAAUUGGUAUGACAAUAAUUAUAAUGAUCCUUUCACUUAUAACAGGAUAUUUAUUUUUACCAGAAACAAAAGAUAAAAAUAUGAUUGAUUUUUGUGAUUCAGAAAUAGAAACAUCAUCAAUACCAUCAGAUACUCUAUUAUCAUCAAAAGAAAGAGAUGAAAUAAAAGAGGAAUCAUAA